UUUUAUUUUCCGCUGUGGGCUGUAUUUGCCAGAAUGUCCCUGCUUGCGUCUGAGUGCCAUAAAGCAAAUUCGGUAACUGCUUUGGGCACGACAAGUGAAGCGCACGGGAGCUGCUGGGUGUGCUUCGCAACGGACGAGGAUGACCGCACGGCGGAGUGGGUGCGUCCGUGUCGCUGCCGUGGCUCCACCAAGUGGGUGCACCAGGUGUGUCUGCAGCGCUGGGUGGACGAGAAGCAGAGGGGCAACAGCACGGCCCGCGUGGCCUGUCCUCAGUGCAACGCCGAAUACCUCAUCGUCUUCCCCAAGCUGGGGCCGGUGGUGUAUGUGCUAGACCUGGCUGACCGGCUAAUCUCCAAAGCCUGUCCCUUCACCGCCGCUGGCAUCAUGGUGGGCUCCAUUUACUGGACCGCUGUCACCUACGGGGCCGUCACUGUCAUGCAAGUGGUGGGCCAUAAGGAGGGCCUGGACGUGAUGGAGCGGGCAGACCCCCUGUUCCUGCUCAUCGGCCUGCCCACCAUCCCCAUCAUGCUGAUCCUGGGGAAGAUGAUCCGCUGGGAGGACUACGUGCUGCGCUUCUGGAGGAAGUACUCCAACAAGCUGCAGAUCCUCAACAGCAUCUUCCCAGGUCAGAAAGGACACAUUGGGAUUGGGUGUCCAGUACCUCGUAUCCCGGCGGAGGCCAGCCCCCUGGCGGACCACGUGUCAGCCACCAGAAUCCUAUGUGGCGCCCUGGUCUUUCCCACCAUCGCCACCAUCGUAGGCAAACUCAUGUUCAGCAGCGUCAACUCCAACCUGCAGAGGACCAUCCUGGGUGGGAUUGCGUUUGUGGCCGUCAAGGGAGCGUUUAAGGUGUACUUCAAACAGCAGCAGUACCAGAGGCAAGCUCACCGCAAGAUCCUCAACUUCCCCGAGGCAGAGGAAGCCUGGACAGACAGACAGACACACUGACACAAAGGGGGAGUUGAUGGAGCGGAACAGUGAACUCUGAGCAGGAACACUGUCGGACAGACACAGGGAUCAUUGUUGCCCUCUACCUCUUGUACCCCUCCGAGCAGCCUCGCCUCACAUUCUGUUUCUGCUCUCUGCGGAGUCAUUGUCUUGUGCUGUAUGACUAUCGCCAUGAUCUAUUGCGUUUUUAAAACACGUAGACUAAUACAGACAUGCGCGCACGCAGACACACACUCAUGCAUAUUGCACACAGGAAUGUGACUUGUGUUUUUGUGACUGCCGCACUGCAGUAGCGAGUUUGGAGUAUUUUUUUUUUUUUACAUAACCAGUGCUUGCUUCUUUUAAGAAAAAUCUGGGACAGGUGUAAUUAUUAGGCAGGAAAGUUUUAUAAAUAAUUUUGGAAAUUGUUUGCCAAUGUGAAGAGUUUAAUGAGGAAUAUUGCUUUCCUGUGUUUUCAGAAUAAUAAGAAUAAAGUAUCUUUAUCACUAAGAUAUGAUUAUUUGAAGGAAGAUCUUACCUGCUCCCUUCAGACAUUGCAUUUUCACCAAUGGAAACAUGAGUGGCAUAGUCAUCAUUCAUCUAUUUUAGAAGCAUAGUACAAACCUCAUGAAAGUGUGAUUGUCUGUACAUAUUUCACUUAUUCUGCAAUUACUGUAUCGGAUGAAACCUUUUUGAAGGCGUUUUUUUACUCGUAUGCCUCAGUGUUCCCAUUAAUUCUGUUUGUAGAUUUUUUUUUCUCCAACAUCUAUAACCCUACAGCUCACUUCUAUUUUUUUUCUUAUGAAAUACUCGGUGCACAGAUGUCUUCUACUCAUGGGAUGAGAGCGAAUUCAGUGGGUAAAUGGAUCAUAUAGAUCUGACACAUGCAGCAUUGCCUUUUAAAUAAGCAAAAAUGGAGGGCAUGCUGUCUACUGAAUGAAGGCGUGAUUGACUCGUAUAUCGUCUCUUUUAACCCAAAUCACAUAAUACGCCACAGAUAAUUCCUUGCUAAAACCAGAUUUGUUUAUUUUUGUGCAUUUGGCUCAAGGCUGUCACAGAAUGGGUUAUAAUUACAACUAUAGUUCUAGAACCAGUAUACAGGUGGUCUAAGCUGCUGCCUCCGGAACACAUACACCAUUGGUUUGAAUCUGGUCCACUGCUAUUUUGUAGGAACUCUCCAUCUAUCUUGUCCAAUAAACAAAAAAUGUGAGUGGAACUGCCCCACUCCUUAAGAAAUCUAA